GGGCCGUACGUGUGGACGCUGUUCGCGGAUCCUUGCGCAAGGGCGGGUACGCCGCUCGCCGCUCCGUACGCAAGGGAAGGUUCGCCGCCCCCCCGCUUGCCCGCCCGCCCGCCCGCCGUCGCGCCGAGCCUGGGCCCAGGGCGGGAGCGGGAGCGCAGGCCGCGCCGUCAGCAACAGCAGGUAAGCGCGGCUCGAGCGCGGGCCGUUUCCCGCUGCAAGCUUCACCAUUGACUCCACAACUACAUGUGUACAUUAUCCUGGCCUGCUUUGGAGCUGGAUGGAGUGGGCUUUGAAGAGAAAUGACUGACCAGGAGAAUAACAAUAACAUAUCUAGCAACCCCUUUGCAGCACUCUUCAGUUCGGUGGCUGAUGCCAAGCAAUUUGCCUCUGUCCAAAAGCAGCAACCCCCAGAGGUCCCAACAGUGUCAAACCGUUCAGGAUCUACAGAAGAAGUUUACGACAGUGAAGAUUCUGACGUCAGUAGUAUUGGGAGCGUCGACAAUGACUCGUUUACAGACACCAACCGUGCAUUUCGUUCUCAAAAGGAAAUAUGUGAACAACUCAACAUCAACCACAUGCUUCAGCGCAUCUUUCUUAUUACCCUUGACAACAGUGACCCGAGUUUGAAGGGAGGGAAUGGAAUUCCACCACGCUGUGUUUUUUUGGACGAUAUGGCCGUGGACCUGGAUGGGCAGGACUGGCUUGACAUGAAAAAUGUUGAACAGGCUUUGUUCAAUCGAAUGCUGAUUCCAGAACCAGGAACUCAUUUGAUCUGUAUGACACCGGCAAACAUUAUGAAUGUAACCGCUGAUCGAGAUGCUGGAGAGAAGGAAGUCAUGAAAUACCUAUUUGCUUGCUUCCAAAGAGUAAAAGGGGAGAUUACAAAAGUCCCAGAAAACUUGUUGACUUAUGCAAUUCGUUGUAAGGCCCUGAUUGUGUCCAAUACACGCACUGCUCUUCUCACUCCUGAGAUCUAUGGUGAUCAGAAUAUCUAUGAACAAAUACUUGAAUUGCUUCUUGAAGGAGUAAGUGGACCACAGUUUGAUGAUGUUGCUGAGUUCAUGGAAGAAGUAAUAAUGAUGUUAAAGGAAGAAGAAGAGGUCAGGACCUUCAAUGAAGUCAUAUUUCCAGUUUUGGACAUAAUACUACACCGUAUUAAAGAGUUGGAUCUCUGCCACGCAAUGCUGUACAGCUAUCUGGAUGUCCUCAUUUAUUUCACCCGGCAGUUUGACCUAGCACAAGCUUUCUUGGAUUACAUUAAACCAAAGGAUCCAAAAAAUGGGAACAUGUACCAGCAGACCCUGCUAGGAACUGUCCUGAACAUUUCUUGUUUGCUGAAGACUCCAGGACUGGUGGAAAGUCACUUGUAUUUUCUGAAUCCUUCACGGUCUAAUCCUCAGGAAAUAAAAGUCCAGGAGUCGAAUAUUCACCAGUUCAUGGUUCAAUUUCAUGACAAACUCCAUCCGAUUCUACGGAACCUCAUCCAGCUUUCCCCUGAUACAAAGCAAGGAAUCCUUUCCUGGUUGGGAAACUGUCUCCAUGCCAACUCUGGUCGGACAAAAAUCUGGGCUAACCAGAUGCCAGAUCUCUUCUUCCAAAUGUAUGCAUCGGAUGCCUUCUUCUUGAACCUUGGUGCGGCUUUGCUGAAACUUUGUCAACCCUUCUGCAAACCAAAGUCACUGAAGCUUUUAACUUUUAACCCUACUUAUUGUUCCCUGAAGGAAUUGAAUGAAGAAGAGCAGAAAAGUAGAAAUGUACAUAUGAAAGGCUUGGACAAGGAGACAUGCUUAAUUUCUAUGCCAUCGGAAUUGGAGCCACCAUUCGCUGAAACAUAUAACCUAGUCACGGAGAAUUUAGUCCUGACUCAGUUUGCUUUACGCUUGGGUUUUCACAGAUUACACGAUCAAAUGAUAAAGAUGAACCAGAGCUUGCACCGGCUACAGGUUGCCUGGAGGGAAGCACAGCAGUCUUCCAACCCAGCGGCAGACAACCUGCGUGAGCAAUUCGAACGCCUGAUGACCAUUUAUUUAUCAACCAAAGCAGCAGCCACAGAGCCACAGAUGCUCCAGAACUGUAUGAACUUGCAAAUCUCUACCACUACGAUAUUGGUCCAGUUUUCUCUAGGCAACCGAGGAACAGAAUACAUGGAGGUGAAAUUCCCUCUUCUGGAUGUGGAAUACUGCAUGCUUUCUCAUAUUCCAGAAUUCUUUGCUGAAAAUCUGGGAGAUUUUUUCAUCUUCUUACGAAGAUUUGCAGAUGACAUUCUGGAAACUGCAGGCGAUGCCCUGGAACAAGCCCUAAACUUUGUCAGUGUAUUCAUGGGUAACGUAGAGAGGAUGAAGAACCCUCAUUUACGAGCAAAGCUGGCUGAGGUGCUUGAGGCUGUGAUGCCUCACAUGGAGCAGGUGCAGAAUCCAAUGAUGAGCAGCAUGUUCCACCGAGAGCGGGCCUUCGCCUCAUUCCGACAGGCAUACUAUCUCGCAGAAGCACUUAUCAAAGUGUUUGUGGACAUUGAAUUCACAGGUGAUCCACAUCAGUUUGAACAAAAAUUUAACUACAGGCGACCUAUGUAUCCUAUACUAAAAUACAUGUGGGGAUAUGAAAACUACAGGGAAAGCAUAAAGAAUUUAGCUGACUAUGCAUUUGACAACUUGGAGGCAAUGAACCCUCCACUUUUUCUCCGAUUUCUCAAUCUGCUCAUCAAUGAUGCAAUCUUUUUGUUGGAUGAAGCUAUCCAGUAUUUGAGCAAGAUUAAGAUUCAACAAAUUGAGAAAGACCGAGGGGACUGGAAUAAUUUGGCUUCUGAAACUCGCAGGGAAAAAGAGGGCAACCUUCAGAUGUUUGGGCAGUUGGCACGCUUCCACAACAUCAUGUCCAACGAAACAAUUGGAACGUUGUCCUUUCUCACUUCAGAAAUCAAGGCGUUGUGUGUGCAUCCCAUCCUUGCUGAGCGGAUCAUCUCGAUGCUGAAUUACUUCCUUCAACACUUAGUGGGACCUAAAAUGGGUGCCCUCAAGGUCAAGGAUUUCAGUGAAUUUGACUUUAAGCCUCAACAACUGGUGUCUGACAUUUGCACCAUCUACUUGAACUUGGGAGUGAAAGAGGUUUUCUGUGCCACCGUGCCAAAGGAUGGGCGCUCCUAUUCUCCUAUGUUACUUGCACAGACAGUGAGGGUAUUGAAAAAGAUCAAUAAGCCUGGCAACAUGAUCAUUGCAUUCAGUGAACUGGCUGACAAAAUUAAGUCUCUUGCAGACCUGCAGCAACAAGAAGAUGAGGCAUUUGUCGAUGCACCAGAUGAAUUCCUCGACCCUAUAAUGAGCACGCUGAUGAUAGAUCCAGUUAUACUGCCCUCCUCCCGGGUCACAGUGGACAGGUCAACCAUAGCCAGGCACCUCCUCAGUGACCAAACUGACCCUUUCAACCGUAGCCCGCUCACAAUGGAUCAGAUCAAAGCAAACUUGGAAAUAAGAGAGAAAAUUCAGCAAUGGCUGACGGAAAGAAAACAACAGAAGGAUCAAAAUGGGCAGACAUAGAAUGAUAAAGCAAAAAAAAACAAAUGACGUGUGCAGUUGUGGGACAUUUACUGCUGUCUAUGACUGCCUGUGUACAAGGACUAUCCAGUGUACAAGGACUAUCCAGGGACUUAAUGGCAUAUCUUAAUCCAUCUUCACAACUCUUGUUCAGUACGAAUCAAUUUAACGGAAUGUUCUUGUAGCUGUGCAAGAGUUUGGCCCAGCACAGUUUCACUUUUGCUCUUAAGCAACCGACUGCCAGCAUUAGCAAAUAGUGUUCGAUGUUUUCCUGUUGAGUUGGCUAACUGGAAAUCAAUACUUGGAGAAGGCCUGAAACAUAAGUCAAAUGAGUGAGGAGUUCAUGGCUAACGAAAUGGCUGUUUGAGUUGGUGUAUUUGGUGACCUUGAAAUUAUGCUGUGCAGUAUUUAUCUUCAAGCAUUAAUUAUGCUUCUAUGAAAUUCUUUUUCCAGCUGUUUCAAUGGGCCUGUUGACUUAUUCUAUGGGUUGGAGUCCACUGAAAUAGCAGAAAAAGGAGUUUGAUGGUUACUGCAGCAUAACAUCAUUCCCAGGCCUGUGUUUUUAUUUCUCUUAAUUUAUCAGAAUCACAUCUUUUAAGACAUUGACUGGAUGCUUACUUAUCCAGCUAGAAAAGCUUUAUAGGGGUGUAAAAUGGGAAGCGACUAAUAUAAUGCACCAGCAUUGGUGAACUUGGUCUUUAUAAUAUGCAUGCCUCAAGACUAAUACCAUUGUACAUUUUCUGUAAAAUUAACCUACAGUUGAAGGUGGAUAACUUCCGACAUGACGCUUAAAUUGUUUGAAAAAACUCGACUGGUACUGCAUCUUGCAUGCCAGGAUUUCCAUUAAGGAACAUCUAAAAAUCCUUUUUAUGAUGUCCAUUUGUGUGGUUGAAUCCCUCCAAACGUUGGCGUGUUCCAAUGCAGCUGUUAGUACUGCACGUUGGAACCCAACCCCAUAACGCCUGUAAAACAAUGUGUUUAGUGUACAGAAACAAAUCAAUUAUAAUUGCAAGUCAACAGAUACUUAAUAUAAUUUGCAGAGGCUCAAUAAUUUUGUUUAAACUAACUGCUCCCUGACACAUGAGCCGAAUGAAAACUAAAUUUCUGGAAUUCAGCCUGUCCCUUCCCAUUGGACUUCCUGUUGGAAAGUGAGGUAUGGUACAAAAACCCUCCAGCUCCUGAAUUGGCUUUGGCCGCUUAAUAACGCUGUUUCCAUUCAGUGAAGCUUUCUCACCCUAAGACCACAACAUAAAGGUGCAAGGCUUCUUGUGCCUGUUAGGGAAUUUAAACAGUUUUCUAACCAAAAAUACAGUUCAUGUGCAAGAUUUUUUUUUCUUUGCAGAUUUCUGUGCUAUCUCUUUGCUCUUCCAGCUCAUUGUCCUGAAAGAUUGUGCUAUCAUUGACUGCUUAUUUCCAAGUCGUCAGUUGACUCUGCCCCAUUUCAUCAAUGAGGAAGGGAGUUAGUUCUGCAAGUUUAUACUGCAAUAAGUGAACAUCACCUAGAUUAUACUGGGUUAAUGCAAAGAAUGUCAUCAGAGGUAUGGAUGCCCAACUUUGUGGAAACGUUACCGGUCAAUGUCAGGUUUAUUGGUUGUUGACAUUUUUCCCCAAAUAAACAGCAACAUGAUUCUAAAUCUUGAGCCGUGGAUCUAACGGAAUGGCUAAGGUUAUUUAAUGUAUUUAGUGUUCUUUAUAUUGUAAAGUGCUGUAGAUUCGUCAUGAGAGUAACACAAAAUAAUGUUUUUUUUUUCAAAUGUUUUUGUGUAUUUAGUGGUACUUGGGUGGUGGUGUGCAGUUAUGAGCCAGAGCUGAGGAAUGUUGAUUCUACAGGCUGCAAAACACUCUGGCCUUACCUUGAUUACUUGAUUUUUUAAUUUAUGCACACAAAUUUUAAACCCACUGCCCCAAUUAUUGCCUUAAAACGCCACUUACGGGCUGCCACAGUCCACAUGUUCUGAUAAGGUAGGGCACACUGACCUCCCUAUUUUUUUGGGGGGUCUUUGAAGGAAAAUUUGAGAAGAUUUUCCAUUGGGCUUUUUAUCCUUUCUCUUUGUCUGAUAUUGUUUGACUGUUUUCCAUUUUUCUAUGGCGAUUUGUGGAGAUGGAGAUUGGCAAAACCACAAAAUGCAAAUACUUGAUUCAUUAUUUUCAUCUGUAGAGGAAUUCCUGAUUGCUGCAAGAUUAAAAGUAGCCUUUAUUGUCGAAGAGAAGUUGAUCUUGGUUUACCCUCAUUUGGUUAAAAGCGAAUGCUAUAAAUUUGCAUUACUUCAGUUAACCGAGCAUAAAUCUCCUUUGCUUCCGUUAUGUCUGACUUUGUGCUGUACACAACUGGAAGCAUCCUGCUGGGUCCAUGGUGUCUGAUAAAAGGUCGUUGACCUGAAAUGUUAACUUUGUCUCUCUCUCCACAGGUACUUUCUGACUUGCUGAGUUCUUUCAGCAUUUCCCAUUUUGUUCCUGGUUUCCAGUGUCCGCAGUAUUUUUGCUUUUGGGAUAUUUCUAAUUGCCUGUGAACAUUGAAUAGGGAAGAGUGUGACAUCUGUUCGUUUGAAUUUGUGAGAUUUAAACAAUCAUAGAAAUGUUUUCACAGGAAGUUUAUUCAUAGUAUACAAGUUCCUUUCCUCUAAGAUGUGAAUUGUACAUGGAUGAGCUAUUUUUCAACAGCUUUUUCACAUCUGCAUCCUUGUUAUCAAUAGCUCAUUCACUGUUCUGCAGUUGACAGGAUGCUGAAUGAAAGACUGGGUUUAAGACUCUCUGUGUGACUGCAUUAGUUUAGAGAUGUAGUUGCUUGCUAUGUUUUGCAAUUUUGAUACCCUAAUUUCUUGUAGCCAGCAGAUACUGAGAUUGGGAUACAGGCGGACUGUGGGCUGAAGAAUCAUCAUUGUUAAUCAUCUUCACGCUGAGUGAAGACCAUUAUAUUAAUUAUUCAUAAGAGAAAGAGGUUAUUGUUGGUCAUUUCAAUAAAACCCACCAUUUUUUUUUGGAAAAAUUAGGGCAUAUGCACAGAAAUGCUUUAAAUUUACAUGUAAGCCAUGAAAGAAUUCAUAAAUUGAAGCCAUUGUACAUUAAAAAACUUGAUUCAAUAUCAGAA